UAUUAACACAAUCACUGAGGGAAACACAGAGUGCACACACAAGUACUUUCAUCACAAGACCUAAACAAGUAAAUCAUGGCCUUGGACAGUGACAGUUAUGAUUACAUACACUUUAAUGAGACUCAAAGCAGCGAGACCGAGUAUGACAUUAAGAUAUCAGAACUUCACUAUCCUGCUGCUGUCAACAGUCUCGUCUUCCUCAUCAGCCUGCCUGCAAACAGCUUCCUGCUGUGGGUCCUCCGGACGGAACGAGCUUGGAAGAUCACAUCGGAUAUUUUACUUCUUCAGCUCACAGUUUCUAACCUUUGCUUCACUGUGACAUUGCCUUUUGCAGCCUGUAAUGCACUCCAUAGGUGGGUCUUUGGAGAGUGGGCCUGUGGAGUAGGUACAGGGAUUUAUUUUCUGGGACUGUUCACCGCCGUGGUGAUCCUCACUGCCAUGUUUUUGCAUUAUUAUGUUACUGUGGUUCAGCCUUGGUGCUUGUCUGCACAGGCCUUAGGAAAAUAUGGUGUUCUCAUAGGUAGCAUUGUGAUGUGGGUGGUGUGUGCUGCUGCAAGCAUUAAACUGGCUGUGAGUGGUAGAGUCAUCGAAAUCGCUGACCUGAAAGUGUGUGUAAAUUUGGUGGAGUCACUAACCAUGAAACUCACUGAAAUCUACACACAGAUUUUUCUUUUCUUUCUCAUUCCUGUCCUUAUCACUUCAUUCUGUUAUGUUCACAUGUGGAUAAUGGCAAAGCAGGGCAGGAUAAACAGCCAACAACUGCCUUCAAAAUUGAUUUUAGGCGUAACUGUCAGUACUUUUCUAUGCUUGGCUCCUUACAGCAUCCACAUGUUUAUACAGUCCUUGCUACUAUUGGAUUUUUAUGAGUACACACAUGAACUGAUAUAUGCUUGGUUCGUCAUUCAUCCCAUCACUCACAUCUACUGCUGCUUUAUCCCUUUGGUGCAUUUAAUAGGAGUACAAAGGUUUAGGAGGUAUCUUCCCAUGCCGUGCAGUACAUUAUCACUGUGCAGAGAUGAGACUAAAACUGACAGUCCAAUGGCAUUAAUCCCUCUCCAAAAUGCAGAAGAAAUUUGAAUUUACUGUACAAUGCAUGCAUUAGGAUGAGACGGGUAGAUGCUUGAGAAGUUAUUAGAUAAAUUAGCUGAACUUAAUAUAGUACAAGCAACAGUAACAACAACAAAAAGUGGGCAGCACCUAUUAAUGAUAGAGUCUGACUUUUUUUUAUGCCAAAGGGGUGUACCACAAAGCAAGAUUAAUGGCUUAGUGAGUUUUAUGUUACGAAAGUGACUUUUUUUUUACCUGGCUGAAUCACCAUGGUAACAUGCUGAAUACACAACCAGUGAAAGUUGAUAACCACCUUUGUAAUACUAAUUAUGUCCCACUGUGGUUUUAAGUUUUGUUGAGUCAGGUAAGACAAAGAAAGCCAACAUUCUCCUAGUAUACAUCUUUGGUACAGAGUGGUUCAAAAUGGCAAAUAAAUAAAAAAUAACUCAAUUAGUCAAGCUUUAUAGAAAGACAAAUGCUACAACUGGUGUUUCAUGCACAGAAAAUUCAGGGUGUUCUGUGGUUAGACUGGGAUUCUACCAGUUACUGCAAAGGUGUCCAUCAUAUAAAGAGAAACAGAAGUGACAAUUUCAGUUUGACAUUGUGUAAUGUGUUGUGUUUCAAUACGUUUUCUUAAUGUUUUUAACUGUGUUAUAUACUUUCUGAUCAGAAUCUUCUAUUUUAUACUUGUACUACUCCAAAAUGAUCAAUUGAUUAUACUGUACAUCGUAUUAGUGAUACUGUAGAUUGGUCACUAUGAUUACAUGUGUUACAUUUUAUGUUG